GCAAUUUCUGAUUUCGCAGUGAUUUGAACUGAGCGCGCCAAAAAACAAACGAAAUUCAAUACAGCGAACUCGAAGUUCGCGUAUCGUUUAUCCUGCUUCGCGCUUCGUAAGCCAACGAACAGCGUGUCCUGUCGUUACAGCUUCAGUUCAUUUUUGGCACUCGUUCAUAAUGGAUCACGCACCGCGUCACACGCAUUGGACAUUAUUAUUAUCAUUAGUCCGCCGAGUGCGAGCAAUAUACGUAAUAUUUGUGAAUGUGAAUGUAGUGUGAAGGACGUCAUCGAGUCACGAGACUCGAGACUCGAGACUCGAGAAACAAGAAACGAAGCAAAACAAAAACAGUUCUGACUAAAGGAUAUGUGGCCGGAAAUGUUAUCUUUCUCGUUGCCGAUUUCGCGUAGUGCAACAGCAGCAAUAAUAACAAAAACAACUUGUAGUUGAAAAGAAAAAACAUAAAAAGGAAGGAACUGCCAGAAAACAGCUCACAAGCCCAAAGGGGGCAAAAGAAAAACAAAAAAAUGAUUAUGUUGAUGGUGCCGCUGAGGCAGCCACUGUCUAUGUCCAAAGUCCCAAUGUGCCUGCCCCUGCCGUUGCACCUGUCUCAGUCUCAGUCUCAGCGUCAGCUACAGUCUCCAUGUACGUCUACAUCUCAGUCUCCGUCGCAGUUCGAGGCAUUAGAUCUAUGGUUGCCCAUGGCGCUGAUGUCAUACAUUUGUGCCCAUCAAAGUGAAAGUGUUGUUGUUCCCACUGCUACCAAAGCUACUACUACUGCUGCUACUGCUGCUGCUACUUUUGCUCGUGAGCCUUCGUGUUGGCCAACUGUCAACUGUCUACUUGGUCGCAGUCGCAGUCAUGUGCCGUUAUCCUGCAAGUGAAAACAAAAGUGUUUUGUGCGCUAUGCGAAAGUAAUUAACCAGAAAAAUUCAAGAAUAAACCCAAAACAACUUGUGAAGUUUUAUGAAGUGAAACUAAACUGAAAUUAGGAUUACUCAAGACUAAAGCAAAUCACAUCACAACUCCAUUAAAGGAUUAUAACGUUAAUAAAUCGUAUCAAUACAAUGGAUAGUUUCAUAUUAUUAUGCUGUCUCCUGCAGUUGUCCAGAAAUGCAGCUGCAGUUAUCGGAGUUGAGAGUCCAUCGAUGGCCGUUGGAGAUGGUGCCGGAGAGAUGCUGGCAUCGUCACCGCCUCCGCCACCGCCAUCAGUACUCACACUGACGCCAUCGACGCCAUCAAUAACGCAUUUUGUAAAUGACUCCUUCAUCAUCUUCUGCAAAACAGUACAAAAGGAUAUCGACACCAAGUGGCGUGAUCCCCGUGGCCAGACCCGUGAGAAUACCAAGGGACGUGUCCACAUCGAGAAGAAGACGGGUCUGUUGGCCCUCGUCUUUGAGCAUAUUUCACUGGACGAUAAGGGCAACUGGACCUGUGAAAUGGACCCAGCUGCCGCUGCACGGGAACCAACAAAAUCAUUUGAGCUACUCGUAAAUCAGAAGAUCUCGUUUGACAAGACGGAGCUGGUGCAAUCAGUGCGCGAAGGACGCGAUGCGCUGGUCAAUUGCUACGUCAAAGGACAACCAGCACCGGAAGUCUCGUGGAUGCACAAUGGCGAAUACAUAAACACUGUGAACUCGACGAAGCAUCGACGCCUGUCGGACGGACUGUUUAUCCGGAAUGUGAGUCAAACGGAUGCCGGAGAAUACACAUGUCGCGCCAUGCGCAUCACGCCCACAUUUUCCGAUUCCGAUCAGAUAACGAUACUGCUAAGGAUACAGCAUAAACCCCAUUGGUCAUACAACGAAACGUUGCCAAUGCAAUACGCCUAUGUGGGUGGCGCCGUUAACCUUAGCUGCGAUGCGAUGGGAGAGCCACCGCCAUCGUUCACCUGGCUGCAUAACAGCAAGGGCAUCGUGGGCUUCAAUCAUCGCAUCUUCAUGGCCGACUAUGGGGCGACACUCCAGCUGGAUAUACGCAAUGCCAGCCAGUUUGGCGACUACAAGUGCAAGGUGGCCAAUCCCUUGGGCAUGCUGGAGCGCAUCAUUAAACUGCGAACGGGCAUCAAGCCAAUUGGAGCCACACGCAUUCAGCUGAAGCGUUUGUAUCCGGACGCUCUCGAGCUUGAUCUGCGCUCGCCCCGCAUGACCAAUGCGACUGAUGAGAUGCAAAUCUUUGGCUAUCGCGUCGCCUACAUGAGCGAGAGUGAUUUCAAAUACAGUGCUGGUAACUGGAGUCAUGCCAAACAGCGCGAUUUCUCCUUCCAUCGAGGUCAUCGUUUCAUUGUGCCACAUCUGAAGAGCAACACGACGUAUUUGAUGCGAGUGGCAUCCCGUAAUCUGGCUGGUCUGAGUGAUUGGAGCACGGUGAGGAAAUUUGCCACUGCAACGGCAUCAAGCUGGAAGGCAAUCAGCUGGCAGCUGCUAAUGAUAUCGUGCAUUGGCCUCGCUUUGAUGUGGCAUUAAAUGAGUAGGAGUAGAGAGCAUUAAAUAAUUUGCAUUUAUUAUAGAAUUAUUGAUUAUUCGUUAUUCGUUAUUACGACAAACUGAUUAUCAAUUAUCGCGUUUUGAGAACCAAGUUAACUGAAGCCUUAGUUAAUGUUGUUGCUGUUAUUGCUGCUGAAUAUUUUGGAAGCAUCUUGUGUUUAUGUGUGUAUCUUCUGUGAUAAAGUUUUGUGUGCCAUUCACUUACGAUUGAUUAUCCCUCUCCCUCCCCCACACUGAUUAAAUAGAGAGAGACGACUGCUUUGCAAACGAAUUUGUUCAUACCCAUCAUCAUUUCAAGUAUGAAAAUUUGUUUAAUCGACUACAACUAUUGAUUUUGAUUUUGCGGAGACAAAGAUAGAUAAAUUCGAAACAAAACAAAAGUAAACAAAGCAAAAAAAGAAAACAUAUGCAUUGUCAACUCUACCUUAUACGAGUAAUAUGAUAGUUAAAUCUAAAUUUAGCCUAACUCUACAUCAAUGUUGUUCAUGCGAUACUAAAUAAAUAUUUAAAUAGCAUCUAAGAUCUUCCCAAACACACACACACUCA